AUGAGUUCUACAGUAGCAAAAAAGUUUGUUCCGUUAAUGGAUAGAAUUUUGAUUAGCAAAAUUGUACCGAAAACAACCACAAAGUCAGGGCUGUUUUUGCCAGAAAGUGCAACUGAACCAUCCUAUACGGGAAAAGUAUUAGCAGUUGGUCCGGGUAGAAUAACGAACAAUGGAAAUAAAAUACCUCCCAGUGUAAAAGAAGGUGAUGUCGUCGUGUUACCGGAAUAUGGUGGUUCUUCUUUAAAAAUUGACGGAGAAGAAUUUUUUGUUUAUAGGGAUGAUGAUAUAAUUGGUAUUAUUAAGGAUAAAUGA